AUGCAGAUGCAGAUGCAGAUGCAGAUGCAGAUGCAGAUGCAGAUGCAGAUGCAGAUGCAAACGCAGAUGCAAACGCAGAUGCAAACGCAAAUGCAGGGGCAGGAGCAAGUGCAGGAGCAGGAGCAAGUGCAGGAGCAGGGGCAGGAGCAGGAGCAGCAGAGGAAGCAGCAAAGGAAGCAGCAGCGACGCAUAAUGCAAGGGCAGUACAAAAGAGAGGGGGGGGACGAGGACGAGGACGAGGACGAGGACGAGGACGAGGACGAGGACGAGGACGAGGACGAGGACGAGGACGAGGACGAGGACGAGGAUGAGGACGAGGACGAGGAUGAGGACGAGGACGAGGAUGAGGACGAGGACGAGGACGAGGACGAGGAUGAGGAGCCUUCUGCUUCUGCUCUAUCCUGCAUUGUUGAUUUGAUUGACGUGCACGUUUUUGUCUGUGACAUGUACGUGCGUGACGAUGGAACAUGUUCACAGUUAGGAGAUGAACCAAUUAUUAGUACUCCACCUUAUUAG